AACACUGACGGUCUGAUUUCCUGCAACAAUCAGUCCCUCUGUUUCUAAUUGGCUGGGGUUUCGCCUUCCCCCCCCCCACCCCCUUCCCCUGUCCCUCCUCCUCUUCGGGUUAUUGUCACUGACAGUCGGAUUAUUCCUCAGCAGCAGCAGCAGCCUCUUCAUCCUCCUCUUCCUCUGCUCUCCGGCGGACAUGCGGACUCUCGGAGCGGAUCUAUGAUUCCCGCAGCAUCGCGGCUUCUCUGCACGGGUUCUGAUCCAGAGAUGCUGCCACGCCUUCACACCUGAUCCGUCAGAUUGAACAAGAACCGGGAUAAAAGCGAUACUUCCCCUUCCACCAGUCCAACCAGUCCAGUUCCAUCAUCUGGACCCGGAACCUAGCCGUUGCUUUUCGGGGGCUUUCCAUCGUUCCUCAGCGGGUUCUUCAGAGGUUCUCCGUGGUGUUCUGCUCCUCUCGCCUCGGCGCCUUGGACCUUCAUGCGUCUCUUAGCGGCAGACUCCGCCCACCACGCCGCCGCCGCCGCCCGGACCAUGAGCUGUGAACAGGAGUUUGGAGACGGGGCCAUGGGGGUCACGCUCACGCUUCGCCUCCUCAUGCACGGAAAGGAAGUUGGGAGUAUUAUUGGAAAGAAAGGAGAAACCGUGAAGAGAAUACGAGAAGAGGUAAGACCUUCAUCAUCUCCCCUCCUCUUCCUCUCCUGCUGAUCCAUGACAAGCCUUCAUCAGCAGCCGGCAUGUGUUGGGCUAAUUACCGCCGCCGUGCCCAUCCUCACUGACACUGUGACAAGUCGCAGGGUUUAGCUUAAUCUCCUCUAAUCAGCUGGAUCCAGCAUCAUCACAGAUUCUGUUGGGUCCCGGAACGGUCCGGUUGUCGGUUCUGCCAGUGAGCGCGCUCAGACGGGCCACAAGGCUCGGGAUUGGUUCUGCAAAUGGAGACAGGAAUAAUUGAAGGUGUUCAGUAUUAAAGAGCUCCAGCUGUGAUUCUCCUGAACAUAAAGUUGAAACGCCGAGCUGACGGGAGCUUUUCAAGCAUCAAAGUGUGUGUGUGUGUGUGUGUGUGUGUG